AAUGUUAAUGAGGAGGGACGUUCGGGCAGCCGCACAUGCUCAUAGAUGGCAUUACACUUUAUUCAUGAUUUGUUUUGUUAGUCCGCAGUUACUCCCCGGGUAUCAGGGGAGUACGGUCACCGAGACAAAUCGGGAUCUAGAGCGGGCAUGGCAUCCAACAGGGUCUCUUUCUCGCAAUACCGUCUGGAAGCGGAGAUCGACCGCUACAGAGCAGAGUGCCAGUGGGACAAGAUACCCACUAUCGUAGAGCAACUCGUGGCCGUCCGAUUUCACGAAGACGAUGACUACGGGACGCUGUUAUUGGCAGAGGCCCUGCUGGAGGAGUGUCUACAGGACAACCUGAGUCUGUUACGCAAUGCUACACCUUUGACGGACAUCAACCAGCCCAAACUGUCCCGGUCAAAGGGCUACCUCAACUCCAUCCUGAGCAGGGGGCUCCUGGGGCCCAGGCACCUGAACGAGGCUCUUCUCCUGAUGGCCAAAAUACACUAUGUCCAGGGCGAUUACCGUGACGCCCAGGGCAUGUGUGCAAGGGUGGGCAUAGACGAGCUGACUGGGGACGAGCAGCCCGUCUACCACCUGCGUCUGCUCGCAGAGGCCUUUGUCAUCAAAGGGCUGUCCCUGGACCACCAGGCAGUGUCAGCUGCCUCCCGUGUCCGUCUGUCUGAGCGAGAGGAGGAAUGUCUGUCCUGUUACCUGAGGGCCUGUGACACCGCUCUCGUUUACCUGCAAGAGCUCGAUAAGAUGGUGGUCACCCCUAGUUCUAAAGUAGGUAAGACCAGUUUGGCCACUCCACCACUGGACAUUGACCUGGGCUUCUUCCAGCAGGCGGCGCUACAGAGUGCGUACCUGUGUCUGCUACAUAGGGGUCACCUGGCCCAGGGAGCCCACCAGCUGCGCAGGGUCCUCGGGGUGGUGGAGUCUCGAGGCUCCCAGAGCUUCAGGAAGGCUGCAGCGCGGAAGCUGGCUGAGGUGCUGCUGAGCUCGGUGAGUGAGGACAGCUACUGGGCCCCCAUGUCCCUCCCACCCUCCGCCUGGCUGCAGAGAGAAGGGAACGCCGGCACGAAGGAUGCCAUCUACCCCUCCUCCAAACCACCUCAGCGCUACAGUACUGACAGUGUCUUCUGUCCCCAGGACGUGGUCGAGGAGGCAGUCCUCCUGCUGCUCAUCACAGAAUCCAUGGCCAGCGGAGACGCAGUCAUCAGCCGAGCGCCCGACCAUAAGGAGGCGCAGGAGACCAGUCUGCAGGACGCCACCUCUGUCUACGACCUGCUGAGCAUCGGCAUGGCCAGGAGGGGGCAGUAUGCCAUGCUGUCUGAGUGCCUGGAGCGGGCCAUGAAGUUCUCGUUUAAUGAGUUCCACCUCUGGCACCAGUUGGGCCUGUCACUCAUGGCGUGUGGGAAGGGUGUGGGCGCCGUGUCUGUGCUCAAGGAGUGUGCCAGGAUGAGACCCGAGGACCCCUCAUUGCCCAUGUUGGCUGCCAAAGUCUGCAUCGGCCAGCUGCACUGGCUGGAGGAGGCAGAGGCCCUGUCUCAGAGUGUGGUGUCCAUGGGAGAGGAGGCUGCAGAGUUUCUGCCCCGUGCGUACCUGACUGUGGGGCUGUGCUGCAGUCUGCAGGCCUCUGACGCCACUCUGAAAGCUCAGCGGGAUGAGUUCAACAGACGAGCGCUGCAAAAUCUGCAAAAAGCCUAUGCACUGGACCCCAAUGAUGCUAAGAUCGCCCUCUACCUGUCGCUCCAGCUGGCUCUUGUACGGCAGGUGGCAGCUGCCAUGGAUCCCCUGCAGGUGGCUCUGUCUCUGCAUCGGGACGACCUGCACUCCCUCCACCUGCUGACCCUGCUGCUCAGUGCCCAGAAACACCACCAACACGCCCUGGAAACCCUCACACUAGCCCUCAGUCAACACCCCGAGAACUUCAACCUGCUGUUCACUAAGGUGAAGCUGGAGGAGGCUCUGUAUGGGCCAGGUAUAGCACUCCAGACCUGCCAAGACAUGCUGCAGCUAUUGCAGAGGCGCUAUGACUUCAUACGCACCAGUGAGGGGGAUGACAGCAGCAGUAUCCACCCACCAGAGCCACUUCCACUCAGCCACAAACCCAGCGGUCUCCACCUCACCCUGCCAGACUUUCAGGACCCUGAGACUGAUUCUCAGAGUGGUCCGUCCCUCGCUGCGUCUCGUCUGGAGCAGGCCACUUCAGAGGUGUCAGCCAUCAGCUCCGCCCACAGACAGGGUCCCGCCUACAUCUGGACCACCCUGGAGCGCAUCUGGCUGCAAGCAGGAGAGUUGUUCAUGGCAGAGGGACGUGUGAAGGAGGCCCAGUUCUGUGUCCAGGAGGCAGCGGUGCUCUUUCCCAACUCCCAUUCUGUGCUGCUGCUGAGGGCCCGGCUGGCCGAGCUCAAAGGGAACCAGGACGAGGCCAAGAGCUUAUAUGACGAAGCCCUGGCCAUUCACCCCAACGGACACCGCAUACUGCUGCACCUGGGCCAGUUGUUGGUGCGGUGUGGGCGUCUGGGUCUGGGGGAGAAGGUGCUGCGGGACGCGGUGCAGGCCCAGAGCACGUCACACGAGGCAUGGAGCGGCCUGGGGGAGGCCCUGCAGUCACGGGGCAGCAGCCAGGCUCCAGACUGCUUCCUCACAGCCCUAGAGCUGGAGGCCUCCUGCCCCAUCAGGCCCUUCACCAUCAUACCCCGCGAGCUGUGAGGAGCAGACAGAGGCUACUACUGUAUGACAUGUUUAUGAAUACACACAUAUGCACAGGCACACACACACGUAUGAUCAUUUAAACGUACAAAUUUGUGCAAUAUUUCUUCUCUUGCCCUUUUUCACUAUUUUUUGCUCUCUCUCUUCUCUUUUGCCCCUCUCCUCCAUUCUCUGCUCUCCUCAUAUCUACAGUGAGCUCCAAAACUAUUGGUACAGUGACAUAUUUUGUUGUUGUUUUGGCUCUGUAGUCCUGUACUUUGGAUAUAAAAUGAAAUGACCAUGAGGCUAAAGUGCAAGAGCUUUAAUUUGAGGGCAUUUUCAUCCAUAUAGGGUGAAACGUUUAGAAAUUACAGAACUUUUGGUACAUAGUUCCCCCCCCCCCCAUUUUAGGGGACCAAAAGUUCACUUACAGUGGGGCAAAAAAGUAUUUAGUCAGCCACCAAUUGUGCAAGUUCUCCCACUUAAAAAGAUGAGAGAGGCCUGUAAUUUUCAUCAUAGGUACACUUAUACUAUGACAGACAAAAUGAGAAAAAAAAAUCCUGAAAAUCACAUUGUAGGAUUUUUAAUGAAUUUAUUUGCAAAUUAUGGUGUAAAAUAAGUAUUUGGUCACCUACAAACAAGCAAGAUUUCUGGCUCUCACAGACCUGUAACUUCUUCUUUAAGAGGCUCCUCUGUCCUCCACUCGUUACCUGUAUUAAUGGCACCUGUUUGAACUUGUUAUCAGUAUAAAAGACACCUGUCCACAACCUCAAACAGUCACACUCCAAACUCCACUAUGGCCAAGACCAAAGAGCUGUCAAAAGACACCAGAAACAAAAUUGUAGACCUGCACCAGGCUGGGAAGACUGAAUCUGCAAUAGGUAAGCUUCUUGGUUUGUAGAAAUCAACUGUGGGAGCAAUUAUUAGGAAAUGGAAGACAUACAAGACCACUGAUGAUCUCCCUCGAUCUGGGGCUCCACGCAAGAUCUCACCCCGUGGGGUCAAAAAUGAUCACAAGAACGGUGAGCAAAAAUCCGAGAACCACACGGGGGGACCUAGUGAAUGACCCGCAGAGAGCUGGGACCAAAGAAGCAAAGCCUACCAUCAGUAACACACUACGCUGCGAGGGACUCAAAUCCUGCAGUGCCAGACGUGUCCCCUUGCUUAAGCCAAUACAUGUCCAGGCCCGUCUGAAGUUUGCUAGAGAGCAUUUGGAUGAUCCAGAAGAAGAUUGGGAGAAUGUCAUAUGGUCAGAUGAAACCAAAAUAUAACUUUUUGGUAAAAACUCAACUCGUCGUGUUUAGAGGACAAAGAAUGCUGAGUUGCAUCCAAAGAACACCAUACCUACUGUGAAGCAUGGGGGUGGAAACAUCAUGCUUUGGGGCUGUUUUUCUGCAAAGGGACCAGGACGACUGAUCCGUGUAAAGGAAAGAAUGAAUGGGGCCAUGUAUUGUGAGAUUUUGAGUGAAAACCUCCUUCCAUCAGCAAGGGCAUUGAAGAUGAAACGUGGCUGGGUCUUUCAGCAUGACAAUGAUCCCAAACACACCGCCCGGGCAACGAAGGAGUGGCUUCGUAAGAAGCAUUUCAAGGUCCUGGAAUGGCCUAGCCAGUCUCCAGAUCUCAACCCCAUAGAAAAUCUUUGGAGGGAGUUGAAAGUCCGUGUUGCCCAGCAACAGCCCCAAAACAUCACUGCUCUAGAGGAGAUCUGCAUGGAGGAAUGGGCUAAAAUACAAGCAACAGUGUGUGAAAACCUGGUGAAGACUUACAGAAAACGUUUGACCUCUGUCAUUGCCAACAAAGGGUAUAUAACAAAGUAUUGAGAAACUUUUGUUAUUGACCAAAUACUUAUUUUCCACCAUAAUUUGCAAAUUAAUUAAUUAAAAAUCCUACAAUGUGAUUUUCUGGAUUUUUUUUAUUUAUUUUGUCUGUCAUAGUUGACAAUUCAUUCAGGAUUAUCCAUAAUCAUGGUAGCAUCCACAUUAAUGUAGAAAUGUUUAGAAACAUAUUCUAUUCUUAUUUACAAUAAAAGUGACUCCAAAAUGACACAAUACAUUAUUUACCAUUCAUUUCCAUUGGGCACAAAAUAAUCUGAAACCCUAACAAAAAGAAAAUGCAUCCAACAAGUUUGUAGAGACACAAGCUUGAUGUAAUCAUUGCGUGCUAGGAAUAUGGGUCCAAAUACUCAACUUUUGACUACUUUAAUACAUGCGUAAAUUAAUUUGGGGGGACUAUGUAGAAGAAGUGCUGUAAUUUCUACCCGAAAUGGAUGAAAAUACCCUCAAAUUAAAGCUGACAGUCUGAUCUUUAACCUCAUAGUCAUUGUAUCAAUGCUGGAGUACAGAGACAAAAACAACAACAAACGUGUCACUGUCCCAAUACAUUUGGAGCACACUGUACAUCUACGGCUAUGCAUUCAUAAGAAUCUCUCGGAAACAUUCAUAGACAAGUCUAUGGUGACACUGUUAUACAGACCAUAUACAUCCACUCUCAGGGAUCCUUUCUAACGUAUCAUUCCACUUUCUUCUUGUUAAACGAGACCCUUCAGCCUGUGUGUGUGUGUUUUACUGAAACCACCAUUAUGUGGUGUUGAAAUUGCUGAUUUGCGUGUAUUGUAUCUAACUGUAUUCAUCAUAAUAUGAUUCAUUGUGUGUCUUGUUUUAAACUCAUUUGAACAUCAUUGUCAUCAUAAACAAUGACUUAAAAUCA